AUGACAGUUGUUGCGGAUAUUUACGAACUUUGGGCGAUGUUUAGACAAUUCAAUAAAAAACAGGCUAUAGGGAUGGUUGAAAACCAAAGUGAUUUUUAUUUAGGAGAGAAAAGGUGGCCUGCUAUUGGUAGAGGAUACAAUUCUGGAGUUCUGAUGUAUAACAUUUACCUGUUAAAAAAACUGAAUUGGCCUAAAUUGUGGUCGGCCAGCACCAAGCGAGCAGCUCUGGAUUACGGAUCGACUCGUUUGGCCGACCAGGAUAUCAUUAAUACUGUAAUAAAAGAGAAUCCCGAACUAAUAUUCGAAGUGCCUUGCGUUUGGAACACCCAAUUGAGUGAUCGUACCUUGAGUGAGAGUUGUUAUAAGCAAUAUAAAGUGAAGAUAGUUCACUGGAAUUCCCCGAAAAAAUACAACGUCGACAACAAAGACGGCGAAUACUUUCGAAGUCUCGCGGUCGGAUUUCAAGAAUACAACGGAAAUUUGUUGAGAAAAAAGUUACAAUUUUGUAAUAACGUCCCAUUGAGCGCACCCCGGAACGAUUCGAUCGAUGACAUUUGUUCGGAAUUUCACGGCCUAUCGAACAUGCAUUGGAGGACCAUAUUGUUUUUUAGAGAGUACAAAUACGUAGCCGUUGAAAAUGACAUUACUUUCGUUGCUCAAUUGUCUUUCGAUAGGUUACAAACCAUUGAAGAGCUAGUCAAAGCUUGGCCAGGGCCUAUCAGUUUUACUUUAUACGUAUCAGAUCCGGAAUUACUGAAAAGUAUAGCGUUCAUUACGAAUUCGGAAAUUUUAAAAGAUAGAUGGAACGUUGCUUAUCAUGCUGUUUUUAAAGAGGGUGACGUUUAUCCUAUAAACAUUUUAAGAAACAUAGGUUUAAGGAACGUACAGACUCAAUUCGUAUUUUUGGCCGACAUUGACUUCUAUCCAUCCAAUGAUUUGUACGAGACUUUAAUAAAGUAUAUUACGGUAUAUGGAUCGCUGAAAAACAAAGCGCUGAUAGUUCCUGCCUUUGAAAUCCAGAAGUUCGUUAAUCAAUUGCCGACUGAUAAGAAACGUAUUUUGGAUGGAUUGAACGAUAAAUCGAUCAUACCUUUCUUGUCAAUGAUUUGGGCUCCCGGUCAUACGCCCACGAUGUAUAAUACUUGGAGAAAUAGCACGAAACCGUACAAGGUAAAGUGGGAGGUUGACUACGAACCAUACAUAGUAGUCAGAAGCGACGUAGUGCAAUACGACGAAAAUUUCAUCGGAUUCGGUUGGAACAAAGUGUCUCAUAUCAUGGAACUGGAAGCACAAAAUUACGAAUUUAUAGUUUUACCCGACGUGUUCAUCAUCCACAAACCCCAUACGCCCAGUUAUGAUUUAGGACGAUUUAGGACGUCGUCCGUUUAUAGGCUGUGCCUCAGACUGUUGAAAGAGGAAUUCAUUAAGAGGCUCAAUAAACAAUACAAUCGGAAUUUUGCUUAUCACAAUACAUCGGCAAUGUUGCCAUAUAUUCGACGAAGGAAAAGGCACAAUCGUGUCAUCGAUUUUUCUUCCACCACUUUAGAAACGAACACUGACUAUCCCAAUGCUACAGAAUAA